AUGGCCGACGACUCGCAGCAUGAGCACACCUUCGAGUCGGCCGAUGCUGGCGCUUCGGCUACCUUCCCCAUGCAAUGCUCUGCGUUGAGGAAGAAUGGGCACGUCGUUAUCAAGGGCCGCCCCUGCAAGAUUGUGGACAUGUCAACCUCCAAAACCGGCAAGCAUGGUCAUGCUAAAGUUCACCUUGUUGCUCUCGACAUCUUUACUGGCAAGAAAUAUGAAGAUCUUUGCCCUUCCACCCACAACAUGGAUGUCCCCAACGUCACCCGCCGCGAAUACCAGCUUCUUGAUAUCUCCGACGAUGGCUUCCUGUCUCUUAUGAGCGAGGAUGGCGAUACCAAGGAUGAUGUCCGUAUGCCUGAUGGCGAAAUCGGCGACAAGAUUACUAAGCUUUUCAAGACCGAUGAGAAGGACACCAGUAAGUGA